GAACGAACGAACGACGGAACGAACGAGCGAGCGAGCGAGCAAGCUAACGAAUAUAAACGAACAGGAAAUAUAUAAGAGCUGACCUUGGUGCGCUGCACUUUGUCGUCGACAGCGACGGCAGCGACGGCGGCGGCGGCGGCGGUGGUCCAGGAUCGCCACGAGACACGUACGACUCCCGACGGCCGGCGUGGCGCCGACGGAACGGAGAACGCGAUUCUCUCUGCCAUGGAUGUCUCCGCGUUCUCUGAGGAUAACUUCGACGUGAAGGAAUGGAUCAACCGGACGUUCAAGUCCGCCGAGGCGCAGGAGAAUAAGGACGCUUUUGUCUCAUCAUUGGUGAUGAAGCUGCAGCUGUAUGUGCAACAAGUUAAUGGUGCCUUGGAGGAAACCAGUCAAUCGGUACUUUCCAGUUUGCCGAGGAUCUUGAGAGACACUCAACUCUUACAGCAGGAAACACUAGCACUGAGAGAGAAAAUGGUUGCUGUCAAACAAGAGAUCGCCAAGGUGGAGAAGGACACUGCUUCUUCCAUGGCAAUGCUGGAGAAAAUUGACAGAAUAAAAACAGAAUUACAAACUGCCAAACAAGGAUUGCACGAGGCUGACAAUUGGACGGUGCUGGCGAAUGACGUGGAGGAGGUGUUUGAGUCAGGAGAUAUAGAAGCUAUCUCUAACAAAUUGUUCAGCAUGCAAAAGUCUCUAGCCAUGCUCGCUAAUGUGGUCGAUUACGAGGACAAAAAGCUGCAACUGGAAGGCUUGAAAAAUCGCCUCGAGGCAAUGGCCAGUCCGCGAUUAGUCCAAGCGUUUACCGCUGCCAAUUUAGAGCAAUCCAAAAUUUACGUGGACAUUUUUAGCAAGAUGGAACGUCUGCCUCAGCUCCUCAAAUAUUAUCACAAUUGUCUGAAGGUCUCCUUGGGGCAAGAAUGGAGACGCACCAUCGAGUUAGCUCAGGACGAGAACGUUACGUACUGGUUGCACACGUAUUACGAUAAACUGUUAUCCUCCUGGCACGAGCAAGUGAAAUGGUGCCACCAAGUGUUUCCCAAUACUUCGAUACACAUCCUCAUCGAGGUCUACGCUGACCUUUUGAGAAGCCUAGAUCCUGGCAUUCCAGAGUGUAUAGAGGCGGUGCUGAAGCAACAUUCCAACGCGGUGCAGUUGUCCGUAUUGUUAGAGCUGAAACAGAUGACGAGACAUUUUGCUGUGAAUCUGAACGGUGCUAUCGAAACGUCGCUUCGCGGUAAAUUGCAGAAUGAGAAAUUGCUGCCGCUGGCGCAGGCCGUAUACGCGCCUUAUGUCCCUUAUGUCGCCAAGUACAGUACGUUCGAGACCGCGCAGCUGGAACAGCAACUCCAGUUUUUGGAUCGUUCGCAUGACGACCUGAGUGAUACUAUCAAUUCCCUUUCACUUAGCAUUUCGCGGGUCAUGGGUUACGCCAACGAAGCCAACAAACGGUGUAAGCUUUUCACCGAAGGUUGCGGAUAUUCCGGUUUAUUGCACUCGUUAAACAUUUAUUUCAACAAAUAUCUAGAAAAAUAUCAGCAAGGCCUGAGGCUGCUCGAACGGAGAAAGGUGAAACACGAGGAUUGGAAUUUGUUUCAGAUGUGUCUCACAUUAAUGCAAACCAUAGGUGAUCUCUUACAUCAAGUGCAGCAAUUUGAGAAAUCGCUGGUGAUCGACAUCACGGAGGCUAACAAUAAAUUACAGAGUACAAAUGGCAGUGUUUUCUGUCACUAUAAGAAGUUGCUGCUAAACGCGUCUGGGUGUGCCGAUCUGGAAACUUUAAUCGCGUCUUUCCAAAGAGAGGACAAGACGAUCCUCGAUUCGAUCAUCAGAUCGAUCCAAAAGCUCUGCUCGGAUUUGCACCACACUACGUAUGAAGUGAUCUUCGCCCCGAUAUUUUCUCAGCUGUUGUUGGUGCAGAAGGCGCCAGCCUGGUCGUUGGAGACCAACAAGAUGUCCAACCUGAGUUCGGACCUGCCCGAUUACAGCUUCGCUCCGCAGGAAUACAUUACGCAAGUCGGGCAAUAUCUAAUGACGUUGCCACAGCACUUGGAGCCGUUUUUACUCAGGGACAAUCCGAGUCUGACGCAAGCGCUGAAAGCGGCAGAUCCUCAAUACGCCCAAGGAUCAACGGAAUCGGGAUUCACCGGUAUCCUUUUGGACAUCGUUGCUCGAGGAACGUGCCAAAUGUUUCAAGAUCAAACUCUGAGUAUCUGUCAAUUGAACUCUAUUGCAUGCAAGCAGCUUGCAACAGAUAUCGAUUACCUCGGCAAUGUACUGGAAGAGCUUGGCCUGAGUUUAUCGGAGAAUCUGCAACAUAUGUCAAUAUUAUUGAGAUUGUCAUCCGAAGAUUAUCAGAACGGCAGUUCUGGGUGCAAUGCCCGUAUUGUGGCUGCUGUCAGGCAAAUGCGUAAUAUUACGUCUUCCGGUUGACAUCAAAUGCACUCAACAGGGACAGGGUCGCAACGUCGGAAUAUUUGGUCGAUAUAUUUUCUAUCAAGCAGCUAUUGCUCACAGUGUUUGCCCAAUUAUUCUCGUAAUUUAAAAUCACAUUGUGACUAUAAAUUAUAUUAAUUGAAGACCAAAUCCCAAUUACUUUGUUGCUAAAUCUUCAUCUUAUUGAGAAUACAUUAUAUUAUUUGAAAGUAAAAGUUUAUAUUAUCUGUUAUUGAA